AUGACUCGAUGUCCCACACCGCGAACGAGAAGGGCUGUCUCUUCGCGUCCAACUCAACUUUGGAUGACCAAGUCACCACCGAUCACCUUCACUUACAUUUCGCGGUGUGAUAUUUCGAUGCUGAAAAUCAUACUUUGGCAACGUGCUGCACGCAAAGCACUUUCAUCCUGGGAGAUUCAUAAGUCGAGUGGGCUUGAUAGCAUACCCCCAAUUGUGCUGCUUACUUGUGCUCCUAACUUGCCUCUGGUCCUAAAGCAGGGUCCAUACUAUGCCGGGGUAGGCCGGGCGGGCUGA